GGUUUUAUUUUUGUUUCCAUUUUUUUGCUGGGGCAGCAACUUCCUCACCACUUGUUAUUAACACUUCAAUCAUGACAAUUCCAGGCCCGUGUAAACACACCCCCAUCACGUCCUUUCAUACUAUCAAAAUUCCUGGCGAAGUUACAAUAGUGCUUUUGUUGCCCAGAAUCUAAAGGUCGAUUGUAAAGUUGUAUUUACACGAUCAGAAUACUACAAAUUGAAGUCGUGUACACAGUACUUUUGGCAGUACUGUCACAUCGGGCUCUGGGACUACUAUGUGCAUCGCGGUAUCCAGGGAACGCUGCUGAAGAGAUAAUGUAUUCUUGAUCUUGAAAAGCUAAUCUUGGGGAAAUGUUUUGUUUUCUCACUGUGACAUCAGUUUUGUUUGAUCGGUGGUUAAUCAAUAUUUGAUUGAGUACAAAGUAUCACGUCGUUGAUGAGUUGCAUGGUCAGUCUAAUGCCCAGUCAUUUUUUGGUCAGUCUUCAAGUGGGCAGGAUAGUAUGUAUGCUGAAAUUGUGAUAUUGUGCUUGGCCUACCGUCUAAUGUUCAUAUUCAUAACACUGGAUCCAUGCUAAACACCUUCGUGAUCAUGUUUGCGGAAGUACACUCCGAGCGAUCGCAACAAACGUGCAACCGAUAGCCCAAUCAGUCACCCUGUCGUCUGCGAUUGCAAACCCUGCUCCAACAUGUCGGUGGCGGGAGAAAAGGAGAAACCUCCUGAAAGUGCGUCUAGCCAGAACGUAACAGAUGUUACUAGGUUUCCAAUCGAAGAUGAAGAUAGCAGGGGCAAAUACAAAAUGCAAGGCGGCGGCACAGUGUAUCGGGUCUGUCUGCUCGGCGACAUGUUCGAGUCGUACUACGCUCUCUAUGGACUCAUAGCUGUGAUGACUGGGAUGUUCACUACCUGGGUCAUUCGCUAUGCUGCCUCAACAAGUACAAGCCGAGAGGAGUCUGACGUGGACGAAUUCGGGACAGACAUCGACAAUCCCGAGAAGUCGCCGUCAAAGGAAGAUCGACGUCGAACAAAUUCAAACGAAGGUCCAGAUGACAGCAGAAUCGGCACGACGGCCGAGAACCCGACACCCGAGAACCCGACACCGACACCGUUACAAGCCAGACCGGAGUCGGCCAACCAACCCGAGAGAGCGAAACGACGGCUCAUUGAGAGUGACAGUGACAGCACACAUAGCAGCUUAGACGACUUCGCCGAUGCCAUGGAUACCGUGGAACAUCCAGACGAAUAUCCGGACAGUUAUAGAUUGAGUGAUGGAGCAGGUGAUAUAUCACGUGAUCAAAACAUGGAGGAGAGGGAAGACGAGCAGUAUCAGGACCAAGCAAGAGAUGAUGCUUUCUUAAUUUUAGACGCUGAUGAUGGUAGUGAACUGUUGCAAGGUAACGGUGAUGCCAACACACCAAAGCAUGCCGAUCAUUGGGUUGAGGAUGUGAAUCUUCCAGAAGAUGUGUCAUUCACAAGUGAGGAGGAUAGUAAUUCGGAUUUUGGGUUAGAUGAAGCUUUGGAAGAGGCCUACGCCAAAUUAGAUAUGCAAGAUAAGGAUGAAGCAUCCAAGAAUAUUGAAGAAAGGACAGUAGGUGAAAGCUACUCUCAUCCUCCAGUGCCCGUGAGCGAGGAUGUGAACCUAAGCUUAACAACCGAGGAAGAAUCGUCUCCUGAAUCUUCAGCUGUUCUAGAAAGCAAUGAUGACAGUCAAAAGACACCUGAUGAAUCAGAAGAUGAUGGGACGUCUGUUGAUAAAGACAUCACCACCGUUCAAACAUCUGUGGAAUACGUCGUGGUCGAAUCAAACGACGUGCCUAAUGCUCCCGUGGUUAAAAAUGCUAUCGAUGACGAUGUCGUCGAAGAUGGCUCGGAUGACACAACGACGUCGAGUGAUGCGGAUACGGUGAAGGACGCGGGAGUCGACGUCAAGGAAAGGGAGCACGAGCUUGACUGGGAUGAUAGGACUGAUAUUGAAAAUGUUGGUGCUGAUGUUAUUGCAAAUGAAUUGUGGAAGGAUGAACGAAUUGAGGUUUUGAAUGUAGUUGCCGAUCGUAUUUCGAAUGAAAUGGUUGACGACAUGUCAUAUGAUGUGGACAGUAGAAACAACACCUUCCAUGAAGAGGUUGCUGAAAAUGUCAGUGACUUCGUACAGCCGGUAGACAGUCAAGAGGUCGAGUGUGUGUUGAGGGAUAACGUAGACAUUGAAAACAAAGUAUCGGACGGAGAAAAGUAUGACGCCAACCGCGUCAGUGUUAUGAAUAUUAUUGUAGAAUCUCUCGCAAAUGAAAUGGUUAGAGAUAUUCUCGAAGAAUCAGUAAUUAAGAGUAGACCCACCGUAGCAGCUGAUGACAAUGAACUUCCACAGACUGGUUUCGAUAGGAAUGGAGAGGAAAAUCAGUUACCGAGUGGUCGUCGCGUUAGUGAUAUCCCAAUCCCACAGAUCAGAAUUGAUAGCGUUGAUGAUGAUGAUUUCGUGGUGGAAGUGAACGUUGGAGAGGACUUUGCGUCACCACAAUUGGGUGAUGAGAAUACAAACACAAGUGCGCUUCCAGAACGAGAUGAUGACCAUAAGGUGCCUAAUGAUGAUGAUUUUGCCAAAGAAGCCUAUAAACCGAGUGAUUACAUUCCAGGGAAUGAUGAAAACCAAAAUCAAACAAAAACACAAACACAAAUUUCCACCAACAUGGAUGUGACUGUGAGCGUAAGGAGCGAUGACGAAUCAGAAAGUGACGUCAAGCAUGAUGUGGAAGUCAACACGAUUCCAGAUGUUCGAAUAGUUGCCACUGUGAAGGCAUCAAGCGGGGAUCCUUCUGACGUCAAAGAUUUGUUGACGAAACUCACGGGUGAGGAUGUACAAUCCAAGGACACUGGUGACGAAGGUGAUUUGGACAAUGACCCGAAGCUCGACAUGGUGGAAUUCAUGGCUACCAUUAGAAGGACAAACAUUGAUGAUUACAGUGAUGAUGACGGUGGUGAUGAUGUUAACCGCGAAAGGCAAGCUGUGGAUGAGGAGCUCAUCUCAUCGGCAGCUGCACGACCAGUGGAAUGUUCAAGUGUAGACUCAUUCUGCUCACGCCCGCAAGAACCAGGGCAAGACCUGGACAUAAGCGAUACUCCAUCCAAAGUUCCCAAAGCCACACCUCAAAAGGUCUGUGAGGAUGACUUGGUUGCUAGCGAUGUGAGGAAGAAGGUGAACGGUCAUGUUAACUUGAAAUCACUUUUGAAAUCACUCAACGGCGAACUGUCGGUGGAUGUCGAUUUAAAUGAUUCUGACGUCGGUGAAGCGAGCCCUCAGAGGAAGAAAGUCAUCACUGAUGAAAUGGUGAGGGAAGCCAUUCAAUAUCUCCUUCAGAGACCUUUCCUGUACUCCUACGGCAUGUACGAUAGUGCAGACGAUCUCUUUUACAAAGCAAUUAUUGAUGAUUCCAACGGCGGUCGGACCUUUGCGCUGGUCAGUAGUCUGUUCGGUAAAGAGAUGACCCCAGAAAAAAAGUCAGCGGUCUUUGCUCUUGUCUCCUCCAAAGAAAACCUCAACGAUGACGACGAUCUUUCUGAAGUCGAUGAACCCAUCUUCCCAGAACCACAGGAUGAGGAAGAGAGCCAAAUUAAUUUUGAGGAACUCUUCGCUUCUCUCGAGAGAAGACCGACUGAAAGAGACGACCAGUUUAACAUUCCACCAAAGCAGGAAGUGAAGGCAGGUUAUAUGGCUGACGCCGCUUCUCUUGAAAUAAGACCAACUGGAAGAGACGACCAGCUUAACAUGCCUCCAAAGCAGGAAGUGGAGGAAGGUUAUAUCGCUGACGCCAGUGGUGGGAUGGAGGAAUCAGUGCCCGUGUCGUCCCAGAGAGUCACCGAGGGCUAUCCUGAAGAAGAGGACACAGUUCCUGAGAGAUUGGGACCAGAUACUAUUUUUGACUCAGACGAUGAUUCUUCCUCAGUCUCAAGUUCAGAUACCUCAGGAACGUACAUCCUCGAUAAUCAAGUGGGACUAGUCGAAGAAGACGAAGAGGAAGAUCAGGAGAGGACAUGGUACAAGGAACCCUCUUACCCACAUGAUACAUCACAUGAUCCCGCAAACCAGUCACGUGAGGUACCCGGUUACCACAGUUACUACCAAAAACAGCUCGAAGAAGAGGAGGAGGUGGAGGAGGAGGAGGUGGAAGAAGAGCCAGAGAAACCGCAAGCUAGCAGGAUGUUCUUCAUCACUAGUGCUAUGCUGGCGCAGGCGAGCGAGCAGCAGAAUGGCGAGUCCUCGUCAGACAAUGAAUACGAGAGACCUCGCAGACAGUCAGACUCAGAUUCUAGCGAGGACUACCUCGAGGAGAUCCCUCCUGGGUAUGGACCUAACAGCGGGAACAGUAGCUGGCCACAGGACCUGGUUACUCAACACCAGUAUCUUCCCGCGGACGACCCCACCAGAUCUUACCCGAGCGAGGUCCCGACUGCAGAAUAUGAUUAUGACAAUGGUAUGAGGUUUAGACCGAUUUCUGGUGGAGAGUCAUCUGUUGAACCGACCCCACGUUAUCCCACUUCUCAAGCACUUAAAGACAAUCAAGAGAUCAAACAUCCGUCGCAAAACGGACACCACGUAUUCAGCGACUAUGACUCUUCUUCUGAAUUGUUAGAGAUCGAAAAACAGGGACAGAAACUAUUUCCAUCAUCAUCGCAGCAUGAUGAUAACCUCCCUCCACAAAAGAUCGAAAAAUUGCAGACUAGUGAUGAAAGCAUUGAUUAUUUGCCUGCUCGACUCUUGCCCGCAGCUGAGCAUACUGUGACAAAGAAGAUGAAUUACCCUGACGAGACGGCUCCUACACGCAUUACAGAUUUGUUGGGAAAUGGUACACAGAACAACGGUCAGCAUCCUCCAGAAGAUUUUAGGUGCAUCCCAGAACCCACUAUUACCAGAGACAUGGCCGUACCGGAGCAGUUACAACCUGUAUUUACGCGACCAGUUUUCCAUCAAGGUUUACCGGAGGAUGAACCGCACGCGCAGUCAUAUGAAUCGCUGGAAAGCUAUCCUACUCGUCAUCCAGAACCAAGCAUGGUAUCAGCCGAGUAUGCGAAGACUAACGGACAUACCGAGCCAUUGAGCCAAAGUGAUGACAGUAUGUGGUUGCAUUCUGAUUACCGAGGCUACUCUGGGUCAUCAGAAGAUGGUGGAGUUGAUUACGAUGAUGAUACAUCGUUCGCUUCUGGAGAGCGUAUGUUCGCCUUAGUAGGCCUACGGAGCCAUUCUCCACCCGCUGCUCUCUCAGUGACUGCUUCCAUCGAGGUAUAUCGGGCUGAAGAGCACAUGGAAACUCAAAGGAGCCUUUACUCAUAUGAGAUCAGCAAGGGCAUCGCAGGUCCAGAGGGCAAGAUGGUCAAACUACAGGAACAGUCGUUCUCCUUCGAACAUCAUUCCGACAUUUAUGUAGAGUCAACAGACAGCCGGUAUGAUGUGGUCAUCUCCGAUAGCGUCUCUGACAGCGCUGGAGAACAGUUCCUGAAACUAGGACAAGUUGAAAACCAUCCCGAACAACCCCAUGAACAAUCACAGUCGUUUGCAUCCGAUCGUCGUUCGGAUAAUGCUGAAGAUUCAUUAGACAGCCCUGGUGAGGGUUUCAGCAUGAAUGAGACAGUCACAGCUGAUUUCGCCGGAGAGCAAUGCGCACCACCAGGACAAGCAACUGACUACCAGGCGGAAGACUUCAAGCUUGAUCUUCCCUUUGACUCAGCCGGAGAGGAACUGUCCGAGAGAGAAGGUCUGCAGCGUCAGGUGGAGUCCUUGAGCGAACUCUUGUCGGAGAGAACCUUAGACAUGCAGAGGUUCAAAGACGACUAUCCGUUCCUGGAUCGGAUCAUGGGCAACCCUAAAGAAGGUGUGGCGGGGUACGAAGAAGGACAGCUCAUUGGUUUGUUAGAGACAUACAGGCAACUGGAGGAAGAUGUACUCGAACUGAUGAAUAUCUACAAAGAGACCAAAACUCAGCUUACAGAAUUAGAUCAAAUGGAGAGAGCGUAAGAUGUAAUAUACAACUACAUUAUUUGAGACUUUAAUUCUGUUUCAUCUUUUCCAUUCUUUCCGACCUCUUCCAAAUUGUCUUGACCUACACCUUAAUUUAUACCACAUUCAUAUAUAUAUAAUUUCAAUUCUAGUGUACUCGAUAUACCUUCUACUGUUUUGAUUCUCCGCACAAUGAUUGUUUUGUAGAAAUGAAUGUAUAACUUGCCGCGUGCGUCGAAUCAUGACUAAAAAUUUCCAUAAUCUGGGAUAACUGAGCAUGUAGAUUUAACGUCGGUUCAGCUUUUCUUAUUGUCAAGUUAUUUCAAAAGCAAUUUUAUCCACACGAGAUUUAAAUUACACAUGUUUGGUCUACCCUGAAAAUUACGUAUAUUUGAAAAUGUGAAGUGCAUUCCACUUUUUCCAUGGUAAUGAUACUUUAUCAAAGAAAGCAAAAGGAGACAUUUAUAUCGGCAGGACCGCUAACGUUUAUAUUAUAUGGCGCUGUGCGCAGGGUAUAAGUUAGAUUCUAUUUCGUCACAAUCAGAUAAAAGUAGCAGAAUAUUUUACUUAAAACACUCCAUUAUUUUAAAUGAUAGAUACUUAUAUCUCCCAUUUCUGUGUGUCACGUACAAUCAGGAAGUUUAAAUAUCUUAGUUAAUAUUAAUAUCAUCGCAAAUGGGAACUAUUUUUAUACGUUAAUGAUGGUCAUAUUCCUCAUAUUUAAAUUUUCAAUGUUCUAAAUUGUAGAGGUUAUAAAUUAUUGUAAGAUUAUACAUUAGGCCUACAUAAUUAUAAUCUUACUGGAUAAUAAUGCAUAAAUGUUUUUGUGAAAUCGAAGCCUCGAUCCAAUACCAUGCCCACUAUUUCAAGUUGAUAUAUCGGCAACAACAAAAAAUCAUGGUCAGAAAAGGUGUUUGAAAACGAGUUUAUGUAUAUAUGCUGAAGAAGACAUUGAUUUAUUCUUCCAAACUAUGUCAUAAAUGACAAAACUUAUAUACCAAAUACUUGUUAUAAUUAUGAUCGACUAUGUAAUUCAAUCACACUUUGAGUAAACUUAUCAUAAAUGUUGCAAAAUGCAUUCACAGUAUGUAAAGAGUAUAGUCCUCUGAAUGUCGCCUUCAAUUUACUGACAAAGGAUUGUGUGAUACAGCCUUAUUACAUAGAUUGCAACAUCUUCUUUGCGAUUUUAAGAUAAUUAUUUCUUAAUCUCUUAGAUAUAUUUCUAUUUCAAUUAGUCUUCCAUUUCUUACAUGGGCCUUAUUUUUUAGAAAUAGAAAUGCUUUAAUGAAAUUUUCUGAAAGCGGGGUGUGGUAUAUUUUUUCUUCUGAAAUACAUGUAUCAUAUUUCUGUAUGACAAGCAGCUAUUUUCGCCGACAUUUUCCACUCGAAGAGGACGAGUUUUUGCAUCUUAUCUAACCUCAUUUUUCAUGUUUGGGUGAGCUAACAAGUACUGUGAAUACUUCACGUGUCUGAAAUAGUAAGAAACGCCUUUUAAAUCCGCUUUCAAUAAUGAAACUGUUCUAUGAACAUUUCCAAAUCAUCAAUUUCCAAACAUUAACUUUUCCUGCACAGUGUAUUAAGUGCUCUAAUCAUUUUGUGAAUGUGUGGAAUAUACGUUUUUAUUUCUUUAGUAUUUAAACAAAAAUAUGUCAAUCUAGAUGUUUAUAUAACAACGUAAGUCUACCUUGCCGCGCUAUAAAGACUGGAAAGAAAACUUGAACGGGCAAAUGAGUAACAGCAACAUCUCUAAAGUAGAUUCGAUGAUCAUUUUUUUAAUCACCUUGUGAAGGGUAUAACUAAAAUGAUUCAUAUUGGAAAAAAAAACAGUGAAUAUAAAGAUUCUAUUCCAUGCAACAAUGGAAUUGUGGUUACUUAUCGGUGCUCUUAAAGUCAACAUGCCUAAGAUAUUUGAAGAAUAUAGUGUCUUAUUGAUAUUUCGCACUUUCUCCAUACUUGUCAUUUUUUUGAUAAAAGUUUCCUAAUAAUGUAUAUAAAAUUGAGCAUAUACACUUUUAGGAUUGAUGAAGUUAUAAGAUUAUAAUUUAACCCCGGCGAGUUAUUCGUAAAUACAACCGAAUUUGUAAACAGUGUGAAAACUUAGCAGAACAUAAUUAUCAGGCCCCUGUUUCAUAAAACUUGUCAUUAAUAACUGUUAUUAGCUUCUAAAAUCGAAGCAUCUGAUUGGAUAAGAGCUAAUUUGUCAUAACAUUUUAGUAUUUUGUUAAUGAUAACAAGUUUUAUGAAACAAUGUCCAGGUGAUUGUAAAUACAUGUACACCGAUUAUAUCUCGGCGGUCUUUUGACAACAUAUUUUUGGGGACUAUCACGAAAUUGAAAUUGUUAGGUCUAGUCAGGGACAUAUCCCUGGUCUAGUGCUGCUCCUGAACCGUGCAUUACUCAUGACCCUUCGGCCUCGCGGACAAUCGGUUAACUGCAGGCUACAGCCCUGUAAAUGAGCAUCUAAAAAAUUUGUUUCUAUGUUAAUCGCCUUUAUAUUGUAUUUAAGUUUCAAGUUUCAAGUUUAUUUAUUUCACUUUAUCAAAAGUAAAAUAAUUGAACAUAGUGAACCUGGAAAUUAUUAUAACUAAACAUACAAUAUAGAAAACAUAAUGUACAUAGUAAUAGUUAUAACAGAGGAUGCAAUCAUAUAAAUCAAUCAAUUAAGUGGGGGAUCUACUAAAAAGCAAAGCUUGUAGUAGAUUUUAAUCAUUUAGUAAUCAUAGGCAUAUAUGUCUGAUUAUGAUAUGUAAUAGGCAAACAAUAUUAUGACUAAUUAGAAUUACGACACAUCAUUUUGUGUGUGUAGAUAUAACAUAAUGUAUAUAUAUGUAUAUUUCAAUAUAUUAUAUUUCAAAUUUGUUUAGAUGUAAUUCUAUAUCUUUGUAUCAGUCUGUAAAUAUACCAAAAACCUUUUGUAAAGUUUGUAUUUCGUUCUGAUUCGAAAUACACGAAUUUUGUUUUUAUAUAGAGAAGACAAUCUUGCACAAAAAACCUG